GGCCACAGGACAUCUCGGCCUAGCACCAGUCCCUGGAGAUGUCGCCACCACAGGUGCUGCUGUGCCUGCUGUUCCUGGGGAAUUUGGAGCAUGCAGGGGCCACACUGAUCCGAGUCCCUCUUCGCCGAGUCCACCCUGGACACAGGAUCUUAAGCCCACUGAAUGGAUGGGGACAGGCAGCAGAGCCUCCUAAGGCCCCCACCUCUGGUGAAAAGCCCAUCUUUGUGCCCCUGUCCAAGUUCAUGAACACCCAGUAUUUUGGAGACAUUGGUUUGGGAACGCCUCCUCAGAACUUCACAGUGGUCUUUGACACGGGUUCUUCCAAUUUCUGGGUCCCAUCCACGAGAUGUCAUUUCUUCAGUUUGCCCUGCUGGUUUCACCAUCGUUUCAAUCCCAAGGCCUCCAGCUCCUUUCGGCCCAAUGGGACCAAGUUUGCCAUUCAGUAUGGGACUGGGCGGCUGAACGGAAUCCUGAGCCAGGAGAAUCUGACUAUUGGGGGAAUCUACGGUGCCUCCGUGACAUUUGGAGAGGCUCUGUGGGAGCCCAGCCUGGUCUUGGCUUUUGCUCGCUUUGAUGGGAUCCUGGGCCUCGGUUUCCCAACUCUGGCUGUGGGAGGAGUUCGGCCUCCACUGGACAGGAUGGUGGAGCAGGGGCUGCUGGAGAAGCCCAUCUUCUCCUUUUACCUCAACAGAGAUUCUGAAGGGUCUGAUGGAGGAGAGCUGGUCCUGGGGGGCUCAGACCCAGCCCACUACCUACCUCCCCUCACCUUCAUACCAGUCACCAUCCCCGCCUACUGGCAAGUCCACAUGGAGAGUGUGAAGGUUGGUACAGGGCUGACUCUUUGUGCCCAGGGCUGUGGUGCCAUCCUAGACACAGGAACAUCUCUAAUCACAGGACCUAGUGAGGAGAUUCAUGCCUUGAAUAAGGCCAUUGGGGGAUUUCCCUUCCUGGCCGGGCAGUACCUCAUUCAGUGUUCCAAGAUCCCAGAGCUUCCCCCUGUCUCCUUCUGCCUUGGUGGAGUCUGGUUUAACCUCACAGGCCAGGACUAUGUCAUUAAGAUUCUUAAGAGCGAUGUUGGCUUCUGCCUGUUGGGCUUCCAGGCCUUGGACAUUCCGAAGCCUGCAGGACCCCUCUGGAUCCUCGGAGACGUCUUUUUGGGGCCCUACGUGGCCGUCUUCGACCGAGGAGACAAAAACACCGGCCCGCGCGUGGGUCUGGCGCGUGCUCGGUCUCGUGCAACCGGACCGGAAGAAAGAAGGGUUGCGCAGGCGCAGUUCCUCAGAGGACAGCCUAGUUAGGGUACAUGCACACAGGGCCACAGAGG